CCGGCCCCAGGCAGCCGCAAGCGCGCCCGCCCGCCCGCCGAGCCCCCGUGCCGCGAGUCCGCGCCGCCCGCGCGCAGGAGGCUGCAGCUGCCGGCCGAGGAGGUGUCUGGCCCCAGGUCCCCGGCUGCCCAUGACUCCCCAGAGCACUCUUCUCCCCGCAAGAAGACAAAGAAGGCCGCCGUCUCGGCAGGUCCGCUGUCCUGCUUAGCAUCCGAGGAGGGCAAGGUCCCCUCGAAGGUCACCUUCUCUGAGCUCAAGUCGUGCCUGCGGCGGGCACGGGAGCUGGGGACACGGGUCCAGGAGCUGAGGACAAGUGCCCGGAGGAAGGAUGCUGAAGAACCCAGCGCACCGGAGGCCGAGGGGCCCCCAGUGGGGCCAUGCAGUGGAGAGAAGGCGCCUGCCUACCAGCGCUUCCACGCCCUGGCCCAGCCUGGGCCCCCUGGCCUCGUGCUGCCCUACAAGUACCAGGUGUUGGCCGAGAUGUUCCGCAGCAUGGACACCAUCGUGGGUAUGCUCUACAACCGCUCUGAGACUGUAACCUUCGCCAAGGUCAAGCAGGGCGUCCAGGACAUGAUGCGCAAGCGCUUUGAGGAGCGCAACGUGGGCCAGAUCAAAACUGUGUAUCCUGCCUCCUACCGCUUCCGCCAGGAACGCGAUGUCCCCACCUUCAGGGACGGGGUCAAGAAGUCUGAUUAUCAGCUCACCAUCGAGCCGCUGCUGGACCAGGAGGCUGGAGGCACGGCCCCCCAGCUCACGGCCUCUCGCCUCCUGCAGCGGCGGCAGGUCUUCAGCCAGAAUCUGGUGGAGCGUGUCCGGGAGCACCACAGGGCCUUCCUGGCUUCCCUGAGCCCCCCUAUGGCGGUGCCCGAGGACCAGCUCAUGCGCUGGCACCCCCGCUUCAACGUGGACGAAGUGCCUGACAUCGAGCCGGCGGAGCUGCCCCAGCCGCCCACCACAGAGAAGCUGGCCACCGCCCAGGAGGUGCUGGCCCGUGCCCGCAGCCUGAUGUCGCCUAGGAUGGAAAAGGCCUUGAGUGACCUGGCCCUGCGCACAGGAGAGCCCGGCAGCCCCAGAUCCCCCAGCCUAGCACUGCCGGCCAGCCCGCCGGCCACCCCACCCGCUGCCCUGAAGGGGGUGUCCCAGGCCCUGCUGGAGCGGAUCCGGGCCAAGGAGGCGCAGAAGCAGCUGGCACAGAUGACGCGGCGCCCGGAGCAGGAGCAGCGGCUGCAGCGGCUCGAGCGGUUGCCCGAGCUGGCCCGCCUGCUGCGCAGUGUCUUCGUGUCCGAGCGCAAGCCGGCGCUCACCAUGGAGGUGGCCUGUGCCAGGAUGGUGGGCAGCUACCGUGCGGCCAUGAGCCCUGGGGAGAUGGAGACGCAUGUGCGGCUCCUCUCUGAGCUGCUGCCCGACUGGCUCAGCCUCCACUGCAUCCGCACCGACACCUACGUCAAGCUGGACAAGGCCGCGGACCUGGCGAGCAUCAUUGCGCAGCUGGCCCACCUGGCUAGGGCUGAGGAGACGCUGUGAGCCUGGCAGCUGUGAGCCAGCAUCCACGCUAGGGCUCCAGGCUCCCUGGCCUGGCCCCCAUGCCUGUUUUAUGUCCUUUAUAAACACGAUGCACUUUGCUCUCCCCUUCCUGAGUCCCCACGAGGGUCAGAGGCUGGACUGGGUUCUGCAUGGCCCGAGGGCCUCUGGCCACUGGGUGGUGGGCCCACCCUCCUACAGCACGUUGUCAUUAAACUGGUUUGUUGGUG